UAUAUUUUUUGUGCACAUGCAAACAAAUUGAUAGGAAAACUUUUCGAAUCAUACGCAAGACGCAUUCUUUAUCCUAUUAUUCAAGGUCGCUCGAUGAUCCCUUGUAGAUGCUCAUAUAUGGACGCAGGCGCACAGAAACGCUUUUCUGGGGGUGAGUUACAAGGUGAAAGAGAGUGUACGUAUGUAUAUAUGUAGCUGUGGACGAUCGUGAAGUAGACGUGACGAAUUGCUUUCUGAAACUAUUGACACGAUGUCCUUAUUGUGAUUUAUCGGAGGAAUAGCCUUCGCUUAUUAGCCUUUCGUUCCAGGUGAAUGAGAAAAUAAUGUAACGUUGCAGGGACGACCUGGGAUACAGGGUCAUAAUUAAGAUGGAUGUUCAUGGUGCUGGAGUUGUCGCCGUUUUGGGCACAGUUGGAGCUGCUACCGGAGCAAUUUCGGCAGUGAUUGUCUACACUAUUUGUGCGCGUCGCCGACGAUUGCUUACUUCGGUCGGAGGACCACUUAAUUGGUUUGAAAAGGAUUUACUGGACAGAGCGGAGGAGGCAGCCAGAUCGUCAAAGGAUGUUUUGGUUGGUGUCGCGCUUUCGCGGGAUAAUAAAAUUAGACGUAGCGAUAGUCACUCUGAUGACGACGAAUGGCAAUCCGAUCAUGUAUUUGACAGCAUUGCCAGUGAUUCUCCUAGAAGAAUUAUGCAACACCUCUCGGAAUCGGAUGAUAUCCCUCCGUCUCCGAUGAGUCCGCUCGCGCCACCUCUUCCAGAAGGUGCAGUGGUUGCAUCAGAGAAGCGCAUGGUGAUCGUCAGACCACCACCGCGAAGUAUAGAUGGAUCUCAAUCCCGAUUAAAUAGUGUCGAAAUCGUCGAGUCAACUCGACGACACAAGCUCUCCUCAUCCUCUUCGACCUCAUCGUCCGACGAAAUCAGAGGUGAAUUAAAAUUGGGAUUGAUCUACGAUGCUACCGCUGGAAUACUUACUGUGAGACUUAUCGAGGCACACGAUCUUCGUGCCCGGGAAUUGAGCGGGAUCGCGGACCCUUAUGCUAAAAUACGUCUGCUGCCUGAUCGAAGCAACGUAUGGCAAACUACGAUACACAGGCGUACUCUGAAUCCCGUAUUCGACGAGGACUUUGUCUUCGAAAUAACACCUCCAUCGUCAUUAUCCGGGAGGACGUUAGAAAUCUUGCUCUAUGAUUUCGAUGCGUUCACACGACACCGAGGUUUGGGUUACGUGCAACUUCCUCUAUGCUCCGUGCCGGAUCUUGGUGCAAACUUGAUCACGAUCACAAAACCAGUUCUACGAUACGGGGUGGAGGGCGGUUUUAAAGCACCACCUCUAGGAGAACUAAUGGUUUCCAUCUCAUAUCAGCUGUCUCUAGAGAAACUAACAAUUAUUGUCGUAAGGGCGAGAAAUUUACCCGUUCUCGACGAUCCCGCAAACGCAAAUUCAUAUGUAAAGGUAUCACUCAUGCAGGAUGGUAAGAGUCUUAAGAAGAAAAAAUCGGGUAUACAGCGUGAGACCACCAGUCCCGUAUGGAACGAUAUCCUUAACUUUGACAUCAGUAGCGAUGUGUUGUCGAAGUGUGUCUUACAAUUCUCCGUAUUGCGAGCCAAUGGUGAUCUCUUGGCCAAAUGCGAGGUAUCCGGUUCGUGCCAAAAAGAAUUGUUUCAGCGUGUAUUAUCCGGCAAAGGUGCGUCAGCGCAAUGGUUACCCUUGUCGGAACCAGAAGCACAGCACAGCGAUAACGGCGAAUUGAAAGAUUAAGAAGAAAGUCGUUAAAAUAUAAUUAAAAUCUAUGAAAAUGCAUCGUAUAUCAUAUUAAUUGUUUUCAAAUGUAUAAUGAAACGCUUUCGCGAAAGCGUUCCAUCUCUCCUAUUCUUGAAUUGGAUAAACAAAGCGGUUCAAUAUUAGCCAAGUAAACGCCGACUCCAAUAUAAUACCUUUAGAAAAUGAUGCAAAUUGAUGCGCUGGCGCCGUAUAAUUAGUCAUGACUUGUGUAUUAUUAUUAAU